AUGAGCAGUGCUGGCCUUCGCCUCAUCAGCGAGGUGGCAGCUGCCUGCGGUCGGCCUACUGUUCUCCGGGCGCCCGGAGGAAGCGGGGAGACGCCCAGCAGUCAUGCCAGCCCCUACGCGCCCCCGACGCCGAGGGACCCCCUGCGCCAUGCCAUUCGAGACCGCCAGUCAGGCGUCCGGCCGUGGCACUACCACCCUUAUCUGCCCCUCGGGGUGUACAACCUGCCCUCGCACCUCCAGUCCCCCCGCACCGCCACGAGUGCGCGGAAAGACAUGAGGGACGUGAGCAGCGCGACGGUGCGGUCCCGAGCGGGCUCCGUGUCUCCGCCGGGCGAGACGGGCUCCAGCAGCAGCGAGAGCAGUCCUGAGGUCCAGCAAGAUGGUCGGACGCCGCGCCUCUCCUGCCCAGACUGUGGCCGCCGUUACGCAACCAUGGCCGGCCUGGCCAAACACCGUCAGUUUCACUGCUUGAAGGAUGCCGGCAGAUCCUUCGGCUGCAAGCACUGCGACAAGGUGUACACGAGCCUGGGCGCCCUCAAGAUGCACAUCCGCACCCACACCCUGCCGUGCAAGUGCCACCUGUGCGGAAAGGCCUUCUCGCGCCCGUGGCUCCUGCAGGGCCACAUCAGAACCCACACGGGAGAGAAGCCCUUCCAGUGCUCGCAGUGCGACCGCUGCUUCGCCGACCGCAGCAACCUCCGCGCUCACCUCCAGACGCACACCGACGUCAAGAAGUACGCCUGCCGCACGUGCCCCAAAACCUUCUCCCGCAUGUCUCUGCUGGUGAAGCACGAGGACCAUGGUUGCCCCGGGGUGAGGCCCGCACGCCCUUUGGCGCUGGCACCCGCCCCGACGGUGCCCCUGUGACGCCCAUGAA